ACGUGCGCAGUCUCUCCGGACUCGACUCCUGAAAAAUUCGUUAAAAAGCUGUCACGUUCAGUGGACAGGUCUCCUUUAAACGACUGUAAACCAAUGAUUGGGCCUUUGAUGAUAUAUUUCAGGAGUAAAAAUUAAAUGUCAAAGAGUCUUUCCACAAAAUAUACAGUUUUGUGCUUGGAAUUGUUGUGUACUGAAUUGAAGAAGGCGACAAACAUUCACACUGUACACGGUCGGACGGAAACCUGCAUGAGAACCAGCGAAAAUAAGGCAAUAAUUCCCUAACUACCACCUUCCCCGGACUAAUUUUCUUUGAAGCUCUUCACGACGAAGGUGGCAAAUUAAGUAAAGGUUUGCGGUAGCACUACACAAGGAUACAUGUACCUGUCUGGCGGUACUCAUACAGGGACAGCACAUCUCUUUUGGACUCUGUGAAUCAUGGAGCAAGCAGCCUGGAUAUUCACGUUGAUGGCAGCAACCUCUACAUGUAAUCUUACAGGGGUUGUCAGCAUACCAGUUACAAAAUUGGCGUGUAUGGUGGAAAGUGCAGAAGACAAGUUUUUCUAUUCAUGCACCCAUCGCAAUGAGAACGCAUGUAUUCAAGGAAGACACCUUAAGGUCCCAGAAGGCAACUGUUCUGCUGGAACAGUGGAUCCGCACCAAUUGUGCGUCCCGUGUGAAAAGGGGACAUUUCUGGACUUCAGGAAUCAUUGCGACGAGUGUUUGCCAUGGACAGAAUGUGGGCCUGGAAUGAUAGAGAACCCAAACCGGCCUCCCAAUGCAAUGUGGGACAGAGACUGCAUUCCUGUAUCCUCGCUCAGUCCAACAACUCGGCCAGACACUACUAAAUAUCCAUCCACUGAUCAGCACAAGGAAACAUCAAGUCCAACACCUGCUCCUUUCACAAACGGGAGUGACCCUGUAGGAUUCCCUACACUGCCCCCAUUCAAGCCUAAGAAUGAUGGAGGUGAUAACACUGUUGGCUGGAAGGAGGUUGUCAUUGGUAUCCUCGGUUUCUUCCUUUUAGCAAUCAUUGUUAUCUUAGUAGUCCUGAUGGUCAGAAGCAGAAAAAGGGAAAAGAGGCUCAGGGAUGCACUGACCAACCAGACACAAGGUUGUGACGCUGGACCCACUAAAGUUGAUGCUGCUAUUGAACUGGAAACGACUUACGGCUUAAAUGGGCCACCUUCUCCACUCCCUGCUUCAAAUAACCCAUCUGUGGGUGCUGGGGAAAGUGACCCUUUUCUAGGAGGAUGCUCAGGUGGGGAUGGACCCAAUUUAGCAGAGGACGAAAAGAUCCAGACCUUUUCCAGCCUUAGCCAAGCAGGGGGAAGCUGUUCAAUCACAAUCCCAAAUCAUGUGGAAGACAGCCAUCAGAGCCACCCGGAUGGUGAUGAUGUUAACCAAGUUCCCCCACCUUCAAAUGGGCCAAAGUUGAGUGCUAUGGAACGAGCUGAUGGUUCAUCUGGGAGAACAAAAACGUGCACGGAGGAGCAUUUUUUGUUCGCUAAAAAGCUGUUGCCCCAGGAGGAAUUUCAGUGUUUUAUGAGCAGCCUAGGUGUGCCAAGCAGUCCAAGUUCCUUGGAGGAGUGGGAGGAAGCCUUUCAGAGUUGGUAUGAAAAUAACCAAAGAACCGUAACCGUUUCUGAAUUUGUUGAUACUCUGGCGACUCAAGAUCGUAAAAAGGCUGAAAAAUUCAAAGAAAGUUUUUGUGUCAUCUGAAGAACUUGAAACAAAAGGGGAUUCGAUUUACCAACUGUGCCUACACGUAGCACAGAUUUUAGACAGAAAUGAAGAUUUAGUCAAUUUACUUGAUUUGGACUCGACGUCUUAAUUGGGUCUUAAACUUUUUAUUGUGGAAAUUGUGCAGAAUGUUGCCAAGAAAUUGUGAACAUGAUAAUCAAGUAUACAUGUAUCUCAAAAGAGUGGGUAAUGGGAAAUUUGCCAAAGAAUUUUUACUGCACAGUGGCCUUAGAGGGGCAAGUGGCUGGCUUUGCUUUCCCUUUGUGCUGAUCCUUUAUCCCUUUCUUAUAUCCAGCCAGAAAUGAGACCGAGGGGUCACCUCCCCUCAACAUGUCCAAUCGCCGUACACACUCUAGACUAUU